AUGAGAGCCAGGAAACGAUCUGGCGAGGAGAUUGCCACACCCAUUUCCCCUAAGAUCCCCCGUUGCUCAACCAACACCACAAAAGAUGCUCUGUUAUCGCGGCCUGAUCCGAGCAUUCCAAUAAGCCACGAGCCACGAACUGACCUAUCAUCAACUCAAUCUUCAGAGUCAGAGUUUUAUGUGAGGAUCACACUUUGCUCAGAAACCAAGGCGCUGACCAAUGACCCUAUACGGUGCAUAAAAUGUGUUGAGAAACCUCUGGGCAUCGAAUAUCUUGACCCCAAAGUGGCAGCACACGACGAAUUCGCCCACAUCCACUGGUUGGAGCCGAUGGAGGUGACGGUAACUAGGGUACCCUCUUCACCGGGUGGAUGUGCGGAGAGGGCCGGAUUCUGUGGAGCAAAGCUGAUCAGGCGGUUGAAUAUUAACCGGGAAUUCUACAAGGAGAUGUCGAAGCCUUUUGACGAGUCGACGUUAUUAGCGUUCGAUCUAUUUGACCGGUUUGGUAACCCGAAGCAGGACGGCAAGAACCCCUUCUUGAGUGAAGAGUUGUUUAUGCUGGGAAUCGAGCCCAGGCACGGGGAUAUCCUGCUCAUUGAAGACCUCAUCGUCGAGAAGCCGUAUCGGAGGAUGGGACUAAGCAAACUUAUUGUCUCAGCGUUGCUAGAGGCCACCGAGCAGAAGACCCAUUACCCUUUUGCUGCAAUCCUCUGGCCCGAGCCCUCCAAGCACGCCCAUUUUCACGAUUCUCUGGCGGCCAUUGUCGGAGACAGUGGAAAUGAACAUAGACCAGAGGUCUUUGACCACUAUGACGCCGAGGCAGUUGCGUGGGCAGACUCGCUGGGUUUCCACCGAAUAGGUUCUUCUAUCUGGUUCGGUCGCGCAUCUCAGCCCAAGUCCUUGAUGAUGCGGGAAGAUCCCUACCACCCUCCGACUUUCGUCCGCCCCAUCAAAGAUGCCCUGCCGAAGUCAAUUUUAGGCGAACUGAACGACGUCGGGUUUCUCGAAGCCGCUCAACAAUACCUUCAGCAGACCAUGCCUGACGAUCAGCGAUGGUUUGCUACUGACAAGGAGGCGAAUACUCUUCUACACCUUGCCGCACUACGCUUUCUCCCAAAAAGUGUCGCUUGGAUGAUGCAACAGCCAGCCUCUGCUCAGCUGAUCACGACAUCCAAUUCGAGUGGCAAUACUCCUUUAGACGCAUUGCUAGAAAAGCUCGAGAUUGUGCGGACAAGGUCAUGGUCCGGCACUACCAUCAACAUAGUGUCAAAUGACUUCCAAGGCUAUACAGAUUCCAUGGCGAAAUGCGUCGCUCUGCUGAAAGGAGCUGAAAUCGAGUCGGACCAAGAUCUGAUACAAUUUCGAUAUGGCUGCACUUGCGGCAAGUGCAUACACGGUUAUCUUAGUCCGCGGAUGAUAUCUGCGUUGCUUCAUGCGGCCACCGGUCAAUAUCCAAUGCUUAUGCCAAACCUGGAAAAUCUGUCAGGCAUUGACUGGGUCCGUCUACACAAGGACGUCACGCGUCGUCUCCCAUUUCGGUGCCUCAAACCACUGAGGUGCUAUAAAUCAGUUCGGCGGGGCUGUGUCGAACUCUACAACAACAUCUGCAAAUGUCUUGCCGCUGGCAGGGCCCCUAUCGUCGACUCCAUUCUUGGAACCAAAGACGACAAGACUGCCUGCAUUGAAAAGUUCUUCAUGUGCGGAGGCAAUAUAACAGGGCUUAUAUCCCUCAUCUUUAGGCGAGCUUUCUUGACUGACAAGUUUUGUGGUGACGGCGUUGAACUUCCGGAGGGAGAUGGAUACUUGUAUUCCGAAACAGAAUGCUGCAACGAUCACGAAUUUGCGCUUGUUGCUCGGAAGUGUGGUUAUGAGAGCGUAGCAGAAGCGCUGAAGGAAACCGAGGUCUCGAGAUAUCCGUCAUGGUACACAGGCUGGCGAGGAUCCAUAGAAUGCGAUGCCGACGGGUGUGAAAGGUGUGACAUUUGUGGGAAUCGCUGUGCUUCGGAUUGUACAGAGAGCGCGCCGUCGGAUAGUGAGGACACGGACAUCGACGAUAUGGAUCUGGACACCGACGAUAUGGAUCUCAAUGUAUCAUCAACACUCCCGACAGGUGGGUAUUGA